AGGCUUUUCUGUGGAGUUCAGAAUCAUUUCUAGAAAUUUGAAACUUCAGACUCUCCAAGAUGUACCUCAGUGCUGCACAUCACCGCAUCCCUCUUAAUGAUGGAAAUAGCAUUCCUAUCAUUGGACUUGGCACCUUCUCAGAACCUAAACUGACCCCUAAGGGGAUCUGUGGGACAUCAGUGAAAAUCGCCAUUGAUACGGGGUACCGGCACAUUGACGGGGCCUUCAUCUACCAGAACGAGCACGAAGUGGGCGAGGCCAUCAGGGAGAAGAUAGCAGAAGGAAAGGUGCGAAGGGAGGAUAUUUUCUACUGUGGAAAGCUGUGGGCUACAAAUCUUGACCCAGAGAUGGUCCGCCCGGCUCUGGAGAGGACGCUCAAGGUCCUCCAGCUAGAUUACGUGGAUCUUUACAUCAUUGAAAUACCCAUGGCUUUUAAGCCUGGAGAUGACAACUUUCCUAAAGAUGAAAAUGGCAAAUGGUUAUAUUGCAAGUCAAAUCUCUGUGGCACUUGGGAGGCUUUGGAAGCUUGCAAAGAUGAUGGCUUGGUGAAAUCCCUUGGAGUAUCCAAUUUCAACCGUAGGCAGCUGGAGCUCAUCCUGAACAAACCAGGACUCAAGUAUAAGCCAGUCAGCAACCAGGUUGAAUGCCAUCCAUAUUUUACCCAGCAAAAACUCUUGAAAUUUUGCCAACAACAUGACAUUGUCAUUAUUGCCUACAGCCCUUUGGGAACCUCUAGAAAUCCAAGCUGGGUGAAUGUAUCGUCCCCACCUUUGCUAAAGGAUGAGCUUCUAAACUCACUGGGGAAAAAGUACAAUAAGACAGCGGCUCAAGUUGUUUUGCGUUUCAGUAUCCAGAGAGGAGUGGUUGUCAUUCCUAAAAGCUUUACCCCUGAAAGGAUCAAAGAAAACUUUCAAAUCUUUGACUUUUCUCUUACUGAAGAUGAAAUGAAGGACAUUGAAGCCUUGAAUAAAAAUGUUCGCUUCGUGGAAAUGCUCAUGUGGCGUGACCAUCCGGAAUACCCAUUUCACGAUGAAUACUAACUUCAGAGGGCUCCGCACCAGAUAUGUGCCUGGACUUUGGGCUGGGUGGUCCCCCCAGCUAUGCAAACGAAAGGGCUUUACUCUCCUGAGAUGAAGUGGAGAUGACGAUACCCUUAAUCAUUCUUCAUUAUGUCCAGUUCUCGAAAUGGAAAUUUGUGUAAUGUAAGUGACUUUGACUUAGCUAUAUGGGAAGGGGUUAAAUCUGUUAAAAUAAUUGUUGGAAAUUAUCAGCUACUAUUUUAUUAAAUCAGGGUCUUCUGGGUUUCAGACAGAAAAAACAUUAGGCCUUAGAAGUAUAUGAAGAUAAAUAACCCAUGAAUCUGGGUACUGCCAUGAGGAGUCUAAAUUCUUUAGCAGUUCACAGGGCAACAAAGAGGAUAGAGAGCUGGAUCAAUGCCAGUGUGCUGGCAAUGGCCUUGGUGGUUUGGACCAUUGACUGAAAUACAGACACAGCCAAGGUAAGAUCCAUGUACGCAUUAUUCACAAGGAAGUGAUUUGCUGCACCUUGAGUAAAGAGAGUGGGCUGAGUGUAGGAAAGUCUUCAUAAAGCUAAUGAAACACCCCAGCAGACAACAAAGUCCCACUGAUUUGGUUGUUGUUUGUUUCCAUCCAGUGUGUGUCUGUAGGAUUUACCCAGCUUGAGGGAUAGACAAUUGCUGGUUCUCUCUUACAUGCAUCAACGAGCCUGCGCUUCAGCGAACUAGUGACCCAUGCUAACAGGCUUGUCACUCUUGUCCCCGUUUAUUAUAUGACCACCAUUUUGCAAAGUGGCUCGAAACAACCAGCAUGCACAUAACUGAAUUUUGAGAAAGUAGCAAGUUUAAAAGAACCCUGAUGAUUUUACCGUAUUAAAUUUUUAAGUGAAUAAAAAGAUUAUUAUAAUUCCAUAUUGGAGAUGUACCUAUUUUCAAUUCAACCAGAGCAGUAAAUUUUAUUCAUUCACUGUCAUAGGGCAAGAGAGCUCUUCAGAACUUCAAAACAGGGAGAUCCUGUUGUGGCUCAGUGGUUAACGAACCUGACUAGUACUGUGAGGACUCAGGUUCGAUCCCUGGCCUCCCUUAGUGGGUUAAGGAUCUGGUGUUGCUGUGAGCUGUGGUGUAGUUGCAAAUGCAGCUUGGAUCUGGCAUAGGACCCAGCUACAGCUGACCCCAAGCCUGGAAACCUCCAUAUGCUUCAGGUGUGGCCCUAAAAAAAACGAAAAACAAAACCCCUCAAAACAAACUUGUAUUUAUCCAAAACCAAUUGCUUAUUGAUAAUCUUCCAUUACCUGAAAACAUACAUCUCUGAGAAAUUAUCAUUUAAAAAAUUGAUCUCUACUUAUUGUUCCCACUAAUUGUAAUAUUAAUACUUACAAUGCUAUCCUCUGGAAAAUAUUUUGUUCACAAGAAAUAAUAAAAUAUAAUGAUUUAUUCUACUA